CGCGGGGGCCGCGGUACUAUGAAGGAUGGAAGCGGACGAGGUGACGAUCCGGGAGCAGAACUUCCACAGCCAAGUGCGGGAGUACACGAUCUGUUUUCUCCUGUUUGCUAUUCUCUACAUAGUUUCCUACUUUAUAAUCACAAGAUACAAAAGGAAAGCAGAUGAGCAAGAGGAUGAAGAUGCCAUCGUUAACAGAAUAUCGCUGUUCUUGAGCACCUUCACUCUAGCAGUUUCAGCUGGUGCAGUCCUGCUUCUACCUUUCUCAAUAAUCAGCAAUGAGAUCCUGCUUUCUUUUCCACAAAACUACUAUAUUCAGUGGUUAAAUGGCUCACUAAUUCAUGGUUUGUGGAAUCUUGCCUCUCUUUUUUCAAAUCUGUGUUUAUUUGUGUUGAUGCCCUUUGCAUUUUUCUUCCUGGAAUCAGAAGGAUUUGCUGGCUUAAAAAAGGGCAUCAGAGCACGGAUUUUGGAAACCCUUGUAAUGCUCAUUCUUCUUGCACUGCUGAUCCUUGGAAUCGUAUGGGUGGCUUCAGCACUCAUAGACAAUGAUGCUGCCAGUAUGGAGUCUUUAUAUGACCUCUGGGAAUUCUACCUCCCUUAUUUAUAUUCCUGUAUAUCACUGAUGGGAUGCUUGUUACUUCUGUUGUGCACGCCAGUGGGGCUCUCGCGGAUGUUUACAGUAAUGGGUCAGUUGCUGGUGAAGCCGACAAUCCUGGAAGACUUAGAUGAGCAGAUGUAUAUCAUCACUUUAGAGGAAGAAGCAAUUCAGAGGAAGCUUAAUGGUGUAUCUUCCACAGUGGAAUACCAGACAGUAGAGUUGGAACGUGAGCUUGAAAAAGUGAAAAGCAAGAAAACAAAUCUAGAACGAAGGAAAAAAGCUUCUGCUUGGGAAAGGAAUUUGGUUUAUCCAGCUGUCAUGAUAUUGCUCCUGAUUGAGACAUCUUUUUCAGUUCUUUUAGUCGCUCUCAAUAUUCUUUACCUGUUGGUUGACGAGACUGCAAUGCCAAAGGGAUCAGGGGGACCUGGAAUAGGAAAUGCCUCCUUAUCCACCUUUGGCUUUGUGGGAGCUGCACUUGAAAUCAUUUUGAUUUUCUAUCUUAUGGUAUCUUCUGUCGUCGGCUUCUACAGUCUUCGUUUUUUUGAGAAUUUCACUCCUAGAAAGGAUGACACAACUAUGACAAAGAUAAUUGGAAACUGUGUCUCAAUCUUGGUGCUGAGCUCUGCUUUGCCAGUGAUGUCAAGGACACUGGGAAUCACCAGAUUCGAUCUCCUUGGAGACUUUGGAAGGUUCAACUGGCUGGGGAACUUCUACAUUGUGUUAUCUUACAACUUGCUCUUUGCUAUCAUGACAACGUUGUGUCUGGUCAGAAAGUUCACUUCUGCUGUGCGAGAAGAGCUCCUGAAGGCAUUAGGACUAGAUAAACUUCAUCUAUCAAACAAUCCAAGAGACUCAGAGACAAAGCCUUCUGCAAACGGCCAUCAGAAAACACUGUGAUAACAAUCACCUGCAAUCAGCAGAGCUGAAAACAUCAACCUCAUGGCAUUCCUGUCAUCUCAUCAGCAUUUUUAUAUUGCUUUUAGUUGUUAGUUUGGGUUGAGUCUUGUCUCAUUUUGAUGAUGUCUGCUUCUGAGGAAGUUAGGUGUGUCAGAUUCUUCUCUUUCCAGUGAACUUUUGGUCUGCUUGUUUAUUUCCCAGUAAGUUAAUGCAGGAGGUGCCUUGAAGACUGGAAGCUGAAGAGAAAAAUGCAUUCCUUUUUAUUUGUUGAACGUCUCACAUCUUUAUUUUUAAACUUGCUACCAUUUGAAUGCACAGUACCUCCUGUGUUAUAUAAACACAGCUAUAAAGAAUAACUUUGGGACUUGAUUAAAAAAAAAAAAUGAAGAAAACAUACACUUGAAGGCCAAUAUGACCCUUGCUGGAAAUGUAAAGUACCUGGAGUAGGUAUCUGUGACAGGAGAUAAACAGCUCUACUGAGAGUGAGUUAAAAAGGACAGGAGAGGUCACAGUUACCUUGGUGCUGGCUGCAGUAGGCUGUGUCACAGAGCUUUCUUUUGGAAGGCCAGUGUUUUCAGCUCUGUCCUUAGCUCUAAAUGCCAGCUUGCUUUACUGGUGGUCAAACAAUGUCUUACAGAAGUCCAAGAUGAAGAUUAACUUCAGUGUUAAAUCUGAGCCUAGUAUGCUUUGUAAAAAGCUGUGUAGACCCCCUGUCACAGCUCUCACAGUUCUGGGAGCUGUUGUGCCGUGGAGGUCCCUUCCCCUACCCAAUUCCCCCUGUGAAAUUCUUGAUGAACUACUGUGUGUAAGCAGUACCUGGAAUCAAUGCAAGGAGCACAGGCCUAGGAGGCUGCAGUUGCAGUUUUCUACCAUCUUUAAUUUGAAGUAAAUUUCUCUGAAUUUAUACUUCAGUUACCAGGGUUUCUGUUCAGUGACAUAAUCCAGUUGUCUGUCACUAGCCUGAUUUUUAUGUACACAUGAACAUGUAUAUAGGCCUAUAUGUGUAGAUAUCAUAAAUUAAAUCUAAAGUUAUAGAGAUGACAGUAGGUGGUUUGGUAAGUAAAACUUGUGUGGUCAGUCUCUUGGUAGUUUGAAUUUCUGCUGUGUUAAAGUUUAACUGCUCAGAGGCCUUAGAUUCAAGAUGGCAUCAGUGGGUGAAAAUGUCCUUUCUUGUAGCAUUUCCUUGCAGCCUUAGGAAUCCUUUAAGCAGUUUAUAGUAAAAAAAAUACCAAGUAAGUAUUCAAAAUCUGGUUGCAUUUUUGUCCUGCUCAGCUACAAGUAAUCUUCAAACAGGCUAGAAUGGGGAUGCCUUCAGUGAGUGCCCAUCAUGUAGGGAGCCAGAAAAUUUUCCUGUUCAUUUCCUGUUUCUGUAAACCAAGUCUUCCUGUCUGUAGUUUGAGGUCUUAUAUUAGUUGGUGACAACUUGGUUUCCGGUGUGCUUCCAAAAUAAGGUCAACCUUGUGUCAGAAACUCUUUGGCUGUUCUCCUGAGAUGACUGCUCUGAGCUGUAGACCUUAUUACUGUGUGUGUGAAUGUCUGCUUGUUUUAUUUCCCCUAAAGUGCUUCAAAAAUCAAGCUCCAGUACACAUGAGGAUUUAUUUUUUUGCAGCUGCCUUUUCUGACUUGAACUGGGGUGAAAUGUAAAUAUUUCUGUAGUAAAUAUGAUGCUAGACAAUUACCUUUUUUUUGUGUGUGUGUGUGAUUAGUAUAAAUUCAAGGUUUAUUGAACUGACUAUUGAUGUGUUGUGUC